AUGAUGUCAUUGAGACGGGAGAAACGGCGCAAAAUGGUAUCCAAUAUUCAUCCUUUCGACAACGAUGGUGCCGGCGAUGUGAUACUUUCAAGCCUCCUCGGGCUCACCAUUGCAAGUCUUGCCAGCGUGUGUUCUAUGACAUACCUUGAAUGUCUCCUCUACCCCCGUGUUGCUGUCGUUUGGAAAAACCGGCAUCUGCCGAGCUAUCUGGGGCCAAGCCUUCCACAGCUAGUUCACCUGUUCUUGCUUGUUGUGCUUAAUUCUACGGUGCUCUUCGCACUCGUAAUCCUGCUGGCACGAACACUGUGGUGUCUGGGGGGAAACACAACUACCAUCGAGGUUUGGGAGAUUGAAAGACAUAAAACACUUCUUCGACGAGCUCGUGUCCUUGGAGGAUAUCUUGAUGGCCCGGACGGCGUUCCUGUGCGUAUCCAAAAACAGGAAUUUCCAUACGACAUUGGGAUCUGGAACAAUAUAAAAUCCGGUAUGGGAGGAAACGCUAAUAUCAUUAGUUGGUUUUGGCCUCUUGCUUCAACUCCACGUCAAGGUUCAGGGUUAGAGUUCGAGGUGAACGGUUUUGAAGAAAGCACCGUGUCAUGGCCACCACCCGACCCAGAUCGAAUGUAUAAGUCGAUGCCACGGAACAACUUUAGAAACGAUUUCAGUGGUGAACAAAACUAUGCAUCGCAAAGUCAAGAAAUUGAAGCAUUUAAACGCCGCCAAAAAGAAGACUUCAAGCGCCGACAGAUUGUGUCAGAAGUUCAACGUCGAACCCCCUUCCACAAACGGUACAUCCAAAAUGUGGAGAUGACAGACUCUGCUGACUUGAGUGGAUCUGAAAGUGGGGGAAACUCCGAUAGCGGUGAAGAAGGUUGGAGAGAUCCGGAGGGUGAUAGACUUCGGGACUUUGGGGUUGACGAAGAGGUUGAAUUCUAUGAUGAGGACGAUAUCCCGCUUGCAGAGCUUCUUCGGCGAAGGCAAGCCCAAGUCAAAUGCACUACUUGA